AUGUACAGACAAAUAAGAGUAGCUGAUGAGGACUUAGAUUUUCAGCGCAUAUUUUGGCGCGAAAGUCCAGAUGCUGAACUUCAGCAUCUUCGCUUUUUGCGAGUUACCUUUGGCACCUCAUCAGCACCUUAUUUGGCUGUUCGAUGUCUUCAACAACUAGCCCAUGACGAAGGUUCCAAAUUUCCAUUAGCAGUGCCGAAGGUGCUGUACGAAUUUUAUAUGGACGACCUGAUGUCCGGUUGCUAUACAGUAGCCGAAGGCGUUCAGAUCUAUGAUCAGAUAACUGCUUUAUUGAAACGUGGGGGAUUUCCACUUCAGAAGUGGUCUAGUAAUAGCGUCGAUUUAUUGAAUAAAAUACAGACUGACACCAAGGAGUCCAAUAAUUCUCUGGUGUUGUAA